AUGGAACCUUUCACCGAUGGUGAAUACUUUCUAACGGUGUAUCGAGGACAGCAUUUAAAAGUUGAUGAAUUACAAGAGCUAAAAGACAAUAUUGGUAGACUGAUUUCAAUGAAUACUUUUAUAUCAACAACAUGUAAGGAAGAUGUAGCUUUCAUGCUUGCUGGAGACGGUUCGUUGAGUCCCAUUCUUGAAUCUAUUCUCUUUGAAAUUCAAAUUAAUACGAGUAUUGACACAAAACCCUACGCUAAUAUAAAAGAACUGAGCGUUAUGAAGGACGAAGAUGAAGUACUUUUUUCAAUAGGCACCAUAUUUCGAAUAGAAUCUGUCGAAAAAGCAACUGGCACGGGAAUCAGGAGUGUAAAACUGUUGCUGACCAGUGAAGGCGAUGAACAGUUGAAAGUGCUGAGUGAACAGAUAAGAGACGAAACUGCUCAAUCAAAUGAUUUAAACACGUUGGGAAAUCUAUUAAACAAAUGGGUGAACACGGUAAAGCUAAACGAUAUUUCAGAAGAUUGA